AUGCUCGAAAAAAAGUUGAACGAGAUUCGAAAGUUUACCGUCAGAGCAGACGACGUGUGGGUCAUAUCUUGGCCACGAUCAGGAACGACCUGGGUCCAAGAAAUUGUUAUUUAUGUAGUGAGGAACCCUAAAGACAUUCUUAUCUCGUAUUACAGUUUCCUAAAAAUGCUAACACCAUUGAAAUUUGAAGGAACAUUUGAAGAAUUCUGUGAUAGAUUCACUAAAGACAAAGUUUACUACUCACCCUGGGGAAAACACGUGAGGGAUGCCUGGGAAUUGGAGAAAGAAGGAGCCAAUCUACUCAUUGUGAAAUAUGAAGAUUUACAUAAGGAUCUAGCUGCAAACAUUGAACGUAUUGCCAAUUUUCUCAACAAGAAGCUCAGUCGUGAGCAAGUGGCUGCAAUUUGUCGCCAUUGCCAGUUCCAGAAUAUGAGACAGAACAACAGUGUCAAUUAUUCGUGGUGGGACGAUUAUGGAAUCAGGGAUAAAACUCAGUCACAAUUCCUCAGAAAAGGGCAAGUUGGUGACUGGAAAAAUCACAUUACUGCAUUUAUAAGUCGAAGGAUUGAAAAAAUGGUUCAGGAUAGUUUAACUAUAUAUUUUUCUGUCUCGACAUCUAUCUACUACUGUCUACUUCAAUCUAUCUAUCUAUCUAUCUAUCUAUCUAUCUAUCUAUCUAUCUAUCUAUCUAUCUAUCUAUCACUGUCUACUUGUAUCUAUCUAUCACUGUCUAUUUCUGUCUAUCAUUGUCUACUUCUAUCUAUUACUAUUAUCUCCUUCUAUCUAUCUAUCUACCUAUCUAUCUCUGUUCUGUCCGAUCUGCUUCAAUGGCAUAGCCAUCGGGAGUGUGAGUAUCGACCAACGUUGUUACGCCCCUUCCACCUGUCGGCCGUCGUUAAUGAGCGUUACUUCGGCCCGAGUUCCGAGUUGACAGAUUGGUCGCGGUAG